AUGUGUAGUCAAAGAAAUGAAAAUGAAAUGAAAUCUGUAGGAAGACAUUGGAAUGAACUUGGUCAUAUUUGUGGAGGUUUUACUUUUUUAUUUAAUUUUUUUUUUAAAUAUUUAAAUCGUUUUCGUCCUGUUUAUUCCACAAAAGAUUUUCUUAAUUUUAUUUCUCUAUUAGUUAAUCCAAAUUUUAAAAUUGAUGAAUCACUUUGA